AUGUGUGAGUGCAGAAACCCAGAAGCACACAGGGAAUGGAGGAGCAGCCAGCAGCUUUGUGCUGCCUUCUCCUGCUACUCCAGGCCUGGAAAUAAGAAACCAACCCCUACCCAGCUGCAGCUACUGGUGGUGCCCCAGGGUUUAGUAACUCACUCUGGGGAGCAAACCACAGAUCAGACACAAAAAGAAUCUUUGUCUCCAUCCCCCAACACCGUAUCACCUGUGCCUUUAAAUAAUCCAACGAGUGCCCCAAGAUUUGGAACAAUUAUUCCUAAUCGCAUCUUUGUAGGAGGAAUCGAUUUUAAGACUAAUGAAAAUGACCUAAGGAAAUUUUUUGCCCAGUAUGGGUGUGUGAAAGAAGUGAAGAUAGUGAAUGACAGAGCUGGAGUAUCAAAGGGGUAUGGUUUCAUUACAUUUGAAACUCAAGAAGAUGCACAAAAAAUUUUACAAGAGGCUGAAAAACUUAAUUAUAAGGAUAAGAAACUGAAUAUUGGUCCAGCAAUAAGAAAGCAACAAGUAGGGAUUCCUCGAUCUAGCAUAAUGCCAGCAGCCGGAACAAUGUACUUGACCACUUCAACUGGAUAUCCUUACACUUAUCACAAUGGAGUAGCUUAUUUUCAUACUCCUGAAGUUGCAUCUGUUCCACAGCCAUGGCCUUCACGCUCCAUUUCCAGUUCCCCUGUAAUGGUAGCUCAACCUGUUUAUCAUCAACCUGCAUAUCCUUACCAGGCACCUCCACAGUGUCUUUCAGGGCAGUGGCAAUGGAGUAUUCCACAGUCUCCUGCCUCUUCAACCUCAUUCUUUUAUCUGCACCCUUCUGAAGUUAUUUAUCAGCCAUUAGAAAUUGCACAGGACAGUGGAUGUGUACCUCCUCCUUUCUCUCUAAUGGAAGCUGCAAUUCCAGAGCCAUAUUCUGAUCAUGGAGUUCAAGCAGCAUAUCAUCAAGUUUAUGCACAGAGUGCGAUAGCCAUGCCAACACCUGUGAUGCAGCCUGAGCCAGUUAAAGAACCAAGGUUACAUUCUGUGAGAAGAAAUUUUUCACAUCCUUCAUCUUUGAGUUUGAAACCUCGAUAUACACGAAGCCCUCACUUUCAUCCUAGAAAAGAUUACAGAAUGGAAGAUACAAUUCUCACUCCACCUUCUUCUACAGACUCUGUUAAAUAGAAUUUUAGAUGUCUACCAUGCUAAUAUGUCUAGAAGAUGCAGGGUAUGUAAUUUUGUAACUCAUCAUUAACCGAGUAUGCCUAUGUUAAAACGCCCUUUCUUUUUCUAAAAGGAAUAAAAAGAAGUCUUGCAGUUCAUGUCAGCAAACACAGGAUAUGCCGGAUAAAAUCAUGGUUUCCUUUAUCAAUUAAUGUAUAUUUAGGUGACAGACUUGAAAUUUGUGAUAUACAGGCUAUUGUAUAUCCACUAUUUAUUAAAGUAGUUUGAAAAACAGCAUAUUUGUAUUAUAGAAAAAAUUAAAAUUCCUUUUGUAUUAGAUAAAUUACAACAGACAUUUUCAACAUUUGAGCCAUUUUCUUGUAGACUGACAGCAUAUACUGUAUUUGAUUACCAAUUAUUUUACAUAUUAUUAUUUAAACAUAACAGUAUUUUUUCAUGUCAUGCUUAGUUUGUGUAACUUUUUUGUUGUUGAAAUCAAAUCAAAUCAAAAUUCUUGCUUAGGUGUAAUUUUAGUUACUUUGCAAUAAGAAUUUUAAGAAUAAAAUUUGGACCAUUGGUUUAUAAUUCCUUACCUUUAUCUGAGGCUGACACUGUUCUUAAAUAUAGUAUACAAUACAUUCUUGUUUAUUAUAUGAUUUUAGAUAUAGAAAAUGAGUAAAAAAUACGUAAUUAUCUAUAUUUUAAGACAACUGAAAACCUUCACCUUGCACUUAAAUAUAAUUAUUUUCUACUGGCUAUGCAUGAUUAAAAACUCAUUGACAGCCUAUAUCAUGUGUUGAGAUGGAAUACAAUUUUCUCCUCAACUGCAAGGAAUUAAUAAUUGCUCCUCCCCUGCCUUUGCCUUCCUUUAUAAGGAUUCCAUCUAUAUUAUUACAUUUUAAAUUCCUGAUCGAUUAAAACUGUAGUUAAUAUGAGUGCAAGCCGUGGCUUAUUGUUUCUGUAGUAGUGAAAGCCUUCAUCUCUACCUUUAAACUUUUUUUAAUUUGGAGUGGCUUGAUAGUGACUUUCCAACUGUGAUUGUAGUAUUCUGUUUUAGUUUUGUAUCAAGUGAAGGUCUUGAAGAGUGGGCAUGAUAUAUAGCAGUAACAGACAUAUACAUAGAUAGUAUUCAGUCUUAUUUAAUAUCCACUCUAGCACACAAUGGGCUUUUUAUAUUGUGCUGGGCUUGAUUUAGAUCUUUCUUAAACUGGUUUAACUCCAAAUGAUUAACAUUGCAAUAAAUGGAGAGUCAGGCACAUAGUAUAUUAUUUUAUUUACUGUCUUAGUAACACUCCAAGACUAAAGCAGUUUUGCACCAUUGUUGAACAGAACAAGAUCACACAUAAACAUGAUUUAUACCUCUUGUAAAAAAUGUUUGUGAUAACCCAACAACUGUCAUUUUUAAAGAGUUUGUCAAAAUGUAAAUAUAACUUGGGUUCUUGAGGAUAUCAGCUCAUUCUAUUGGGGCAGAUCUUCAACUGGUUUAAAUUCUCAUUGCUCCAUUGAGACAAUCUACACCUGAUGAGCAUCUGCCCAGUUGUUUUUAUAUUUGGUUUAGGUGUUAGAAUUUAUCUGAGUAGAUAUGUUAUGGGCAUUUUGGCACAUCCUAAAACUGCGUCAUCUGUGUGGAAGCAUUUGCUCAGUUGUAAAUAUUUUGUAAGCAUUCUUCUGACUGCAAAGAUAACCAGAAAAGGCCUUGUGUUCUGUUAUUACAGCCUUACUUCUAAUAUCAUGAAAAAAAUGUAAAUAUCCAUUUGACCCAUGUUUUCAGGAUGAGUUCUAAAUCUUACUUUCUUAGAGUUCAUAGUUUUAGUGUGUUCGUUGUUCUAUUAAAACAUUUUAUUACAGUAAUUUUAAAUUGAAGAGGUCCAAGAAGAAAAUUUAUUAUGCAGUAAUCUAUUCAACAGUAUUGUUUUACAGCUGAAGUCUUUUGAUCUAAUUGCUCAA